CGCUUCUGCUUCUUGCCUUCGCCAGUUCGCGGGCGUAAUCGAUCGUCAGCCAGGCUUCCGCAGCUCAUAGGAUUCCCAGAGUAGAAUCGCCUCCUUCGAUCUCCAUUCCCUCCCCGUCGUCCGUCGAUCCUCAAAACCAAUUCCGCAGAAAUGGAUUUUGAGAACCAUCCUCCGCCGCAGCUGACAGCGGUGGCGGCAGCGCAGUUCCAAGAAGGCAUUAUCCUGGUGCUCUCUAGAUGGACUUCUCUGCAGAUGGCCGUCGCAGAGGAGUGGGGCGGCCCCACGUCUCGUAAGAAGUCCGAGGAUCUCGCUGUGCGCAUCUUCUCCUUGUUUGCCCAGUCUAAAGUAACGCUAUACGCUGAUGAUUUGGAGGAUUUUCUCGACGAUUUCAUGAUUUCCGAUUUCAGUGCCGAGCUCGACGAUGGAAGUAUUGAGGAGGUGGCAGAGAAGUUGAUGAUUAUGCACGGGGAAUGCGCGGAAGGUAACUUCAAUUCAAUUAAUGAUCUGAAGGCGACAAAUCCUGUGAAUUCCUCUGUUUCUUAUAGAAGACAGGAGGUUAGAGGCGAAGAAGAUGAUAGUGAUAGCGAUAGUGUUGUUGAUGGUGAGAGUGAUUUGUUGGGGAACGAGUCUUCGGGCAUGGCAGUAGAUUCUUUCGAACAACAAACAUGUAUGGACCAAAGAGAGAUGAUGAUCGAUGAACCAAGUGCAGACAUCACAACUGAAGAUGGGUGGACUGUUGUAUCUUCAAGGAAAAGAAAUGGUAGAAAAAAUUGAUCCGAAGUCGAAAUGGUCUGUUUUUUCGUCGUCGUUUUAUAUAGCAAUUUGGGAGAGUACUUUCAUUGCUAUUCUCCUUA